AUGACCCCCUUCUUAUUUUGUAUUGUAGUAAUGAUUUAUUUGCUGUUGGUAGUAGAAGAAAUGUAUUGUCAAAAUAUAACCGAGGAACAAGAAACGUUUACCGAAGAUUCGACUGAUUUGUUCCCUGAAGGACGCAGGUUUAUUAUAGUGCCGAAAGAUAGUGAGAGUCAUAAAACUAUAGAUCGAAAAACUGGAGGAGGUGGUGAUUCCAAAAUACAUAAAAUGUUUCCUAAUUCAUCCGAGAGUAGACGAGGACAACGAUUACACUGUUAUCAAUGUGAAUCAAAAACAGUUGAUUUCGAAUUUGAUCCAUGUGGUGCACAGUUUUGGAAAUACAAUAUAGAAGCAGCUAAGGUUGGAUAUGAUGUUGAAUGUGCAAAUGGAACAGAUACAUUUUGUGUAAAAAUGAUAAUAAAUGAAGGUUCGGCUACUACAACACGUCGUGGAUGCAGCGGUCCAACAGAUGAUGAUGAUAAUGAAAUUCAAAUUGGUUGUAUAACCGUUAUUGCACAUUUGGACACAAUGUUAUGUGUAUGUCGAGAUAAUUUAUGUAAUUUUAGUGAACGAUUACAAAAACCUAUUAACGCUAUUAUUAUUCAUGUAAUUGUUUUGUCAUCUACGCUAUCAUCGUUAUUAGUUUGGUAG